AUGCCUUCUCUUGCCGUCACCUUCGCGCCUCUCAUCGCGCUCUUCUCUUUCAGCUACCUCGUCGCUGCCGCAGUCGGCCCCGUCGCCGACCUGACGAUCAGCAAUGCUGAUGUCACCCCCGAUGGCCAUACUCGCGCUGCGGUCGUCGUCAACAACCAAAUGCCUGGCCCGCUCAUUGUCGGCAACAAGGGCGAUAACUUCCAGUUGAAUGUCAUUGACAUGCUCACCAACGACACUAUGCUUACCCCGACGACCAUUCAUUGGCACGGGUUCUUCCAGCGCGGCACCAACUGGGCCGACGGCCCCGCGUUCGUCAACCAGUGCCCUAUUUCGGCCGGCCACUCCUUCUUGUACGACUUCUCCUCGACCGACCAGGCGGGGACGUUCUGGUACCACAGUCACUUGUCGGUCCAGUACUGCGACGGCCUUCGUGGGGCGAUUGUCGUCUACGACCCACAAGAUCCCCACGCCGACCUCUACGAUGUCGAUGACGAGUCUACCGUCAUCACACUCACUGACUGGUACCACACCGCCGCGGCGCUAGGGUCUCGCUUCCCAACCGCGGAUUCCACCCUCAUCAACGGUCUUGGUCGGAGUACGACCAGUGAUGGCGCCGCUGCGGAGCUCGCAGUGAUUACUGUGACCAAGGGCAAGCGGUAUCGCUUCCGUCUCGUGUCCCUCUCCUGCGACCCCAACUACGUUUUCUCGAUUGACGGACACGGCAUGACCAUCAUCGAGGUCGACGCGGUCAACCACGCGCCACACGCCGUCGACGAGAUCCAGAUCUUCGCCGGCCAGCGUUACUCAGUCGUCGUCAACGCCGACCAGGACAGCGGCAACUACUGGAUCCGCGCUAAGCCCAACAUCGGCACGACCUCCUUCGCCGGCGCCGUCAACUCCGCCAUCCUCCGCUACGACGACGCCGAGGCGGUCGAGCCCGCCACUACGCAGAAGACGAACCCCACUCGUCUCAACGAGGCCGACCUCGUCCCACUGGAGAACCUAGCGCCCCCCGGCACCCCCGAGGUUGGCGGCGUUGACCUUGCUAUCAACCUCAAAUUUAGCUUCAACGGCUCCGCGUUCUUCAUCAACGGCGAUACCUACACGUCGCCCACCGUCCCCAUCCUUCUCCAGAUCAUGAGCGGCGCGUCCUCUGCCGCCGACCUCCUCCCCAGCGGCUCCAUCAUCCCCCUCCCCGGCAACUCCUCCAUCGAGCUCUCGCUCCCCAUGGUCGCUGCCGCGCCCGGCCAGCCCCACCCCUUCCAUCUCCACGGCCACACCUUCCACGUCGUCCGCUCCGCCGGGUCGACCGAGUACAACUUCGUGAACCCCCCGCAGCGCGACGUCGUCUCCACCGGCACGACGGGCGACAACGUCACGAUCCGCUUCGACACGAACAACCCGGGCCCGUGGUUCCUCCACUGCCACAUCGACUUCCACCUCGAGGCCGGGUUCGCGGUCGUGUUCGCGGAGGACGUCCCCGCUGUGCCCUCGUUCGUCUCGCCCUCGGCGGAGUGGGAUCAGCUCUGCCCGAUCUAUAACGCGCAGUACACCUCGAGCACGUAG